AUUUUUCACUUUUCACAUUUUCACUUUAGAAAAAGUUACAGAAUCGAUACCCUAAUCUAACCUAACGACUGACUACAAACUGUACAAACACGUGUUCUUAUGUUGGAAGUUAGAUUGUUUCAUUCAGGAUAUAUCUUCGAGAUUUAUAUGAUCGUGCUGGUAUAUUGUAAAAAAUAAAAAGAAGAAGAUGAAUUCCAACAAUAAUGAGUGUUCUGGAGAAAAAGCACCUGUCGAAAUAUCGAAUACUUUGGAGGCAAAGUCCUCGAUGACCAUUCCUGACGCAAAUUGUGAAAAUAAAAUAUCUUCUCUCAACAUCAUCGCUCUGGAAUACGACGAUUGUAAUUCUGAUGUGGAGGAGAUAGAAAUAGACAGUAACAAGACUGAAAAUCAAAACACUGUGCCAGUUUCCGAAAUACAGGUUUCAGAGGUUUUGGUGGAGGAGAUAGAAAUAGACAGUAACAAAACUGAAAAUCAAAACACUGUGCCAGUUUUCGAAACACAGGUUGCAGAGGUUUUGUUUGAAUACCGUGUAAAUGGAGGAAAUGUGUCUUCUUCAGAAGAAAGUGAUAGCGAAGAUGACUCUAGUGAGAGCUGCAUCAGUAUCAGUAGCAGUACGAGUAGUUCUAGAAGUGAUAGUAGCGACAGUGACAGUGAUUCGGAAAAUACUACUUGUACCAAUAAUAACAAGAAGGAGAAAGAAAAUAAAGCAGGCACAUUGAAACAGAAGAAACAGAUAGAAAACGAAUUUAAUGAUCUUCCACCGAUAGAAGAUUUGAGGAUCAGCAUCCCUGAAAACAAGUGUGAUCUCCUAGGCGAGAUUGAAAACAUAGUGGAACAAGUGGUGAUUGUAAAACCGAAAACUGGUAAGCCUACACUUCACAUCGAUACAGUUUUAUUUGUCGAGAAAGGAGAAAGAGCGCUCGGCAAAAUACUGGACGUGUUUGGCCCCGUAAGCGACCCGCGUUACUGUGUUCGCUUCAAUAGUUCCGAACACAUACAGAAUAGCAACAUUACUGUGGGCAUGCUGGUCUAUUAUUGUCCGGAUACGGAAUCCGGAUAUACGUUGCUCAUCUUCCAUCAUCAAUUAAAUAUGAUGAAAAGUCAUGACGUAAUGGGCGACGACGACGAGGCGCCGCUGUUUUCGGACGACGAGAAAGAGCAAGCUUACCUAAAGCAGAAAAAUAACAAAGACAGUUCCGAUGGUGAAACACGUAAACGGCAACGUACAUCGAGUUUUACUCAAAAUAAGCCAACUCAAAAUAAGCCAGUUGAAUGGCAGUCGACUCAUCCGUGGAACAGAAAUGGCCAAUUUCAAAGGUAUAACCAGAAAAGGCAACAGGCAUGGAGACAUAAUGGUCCCUCUAAUCCACUAUAUGGACCGUGCUAUAACGAUCCCUGGAUGCAAUAUCAUUAUCAAAGUAUGUUUUGGCCACCUGUUCCAAGAAACACACAUCCUAUGUUGACCGGACAAAACACAGGAUCUGGACCAUCAUUGAAUGAGUCCCAUUUAUCACAGUAUGUCAAUUAUAAUUUGAAUAAUUCCGGUGUUAUGCCGGAUUCUCAGUCCAACAACAUGCAACCGCCAUAUCCUAGAAUUCCGUUCGCUCCUCCUCCGAGAUGCAAUCCUACGUUCCAAUCCUUUCCAAUGAACUAUCCUCAAUUUCCCAACACAUCAUUAAUGUAUUCACAGUUAGGUUGUCACAAUCCUGUGCCACCAAUACAUACGAAUACAUUUUGCGCGCCUUUACCGCCUCCUCCACCUCCUGAUUCGACGACUGGUUCGACAACUGAUCCGACGACUGAUAAAUGAGAUUUAUUUUAAUGUAGGUCUUCCUCCGAGACUCAAUCCUAUGUUCCAAUGAGCUAUUCUCAAUUUUCCAACGCAUCAUUAUUGUAUUCAGAUAUGUUUUAUCAUAUUCCUGUGCGACCACCAAUGCAUACGAAUGCACAACCUAAUAAUUGAUUUACUUUAAUGUAGAAUAUAUUUAAAAUUUCAUGUAAAAUGUUCUAUAUUUUUUCUAUAUUUAUGUAAACUGUAAACUUAAAAUAGCUCUAAUGUCUAAUAUGUAAAUAAAAGAUGUAUAUAUAAAGAGA